UGUCCCUAGCAAUAUUCAGGGAAGACUGAAUUGUCCCUAGCAAUAAUUUCGACCAAACAAUUAAUCUGUAUUUAUAUAUAACCACUAAUGUCCUUCUUAUUCUUGUGUUUUCUAUUUUUUACUUAUUAUAUUUUUUUUCAGGAAUCAUUUAAAUGAGACUAGAAAUCUUUUGCAAUCCCGUUCUGUAAAAAUGACGCUCUAUGUGGUACACAAACGGUUAACAGCUUUCGUUCUCUGCAAUGCCCGCCUCCGUAACUCACAUCGCUAAUAUGAUUGGCUUUGCAUUUCUUUAGUCCCGCCUCUCGAAUCACAUUGCUAAUAUGAUUGGAUUAGCAUUUCUUGAGUCCCGCCUCUCUAAAUCACAUCACUUUAUGGGCUUGUCUUUACUCGCUACGUGUGAUAGGAUGGUUUCACUUUGUACAACGCGCCAAAGUUCACUCAACAAGACGCGCGUGAUUAUUCGGGCUACAGGUGGCACUGUAUUUAAAAUGCAGUCUAAGGCUUGUGCAGUGACAGAGAAUUGUGUUGGUACAUCUGUUAACCUCGGAUUUAAAAGGACAGUUACAUCUACACAAUGCUGUAACACAGACCUUUGUAAUAGCGUAGACGCCCCAGAUUACGGCUCUAACAGCCUCAAUAGAAAACAAUGUUACUACUGUGAUGAGAAGAGUUGCUUCAACAAAUUAAACAGUUCAGGAGAUGAAGACUACUGCAUUAAAGCUACACAAACUGUUGGGUCUGUGUCUGUGACUGUUAAAGGAUGCGUCUCUAAAUCUGUCUGUGAUGCUGCACCACAAGCGACUGCAGAUUACACGAGCUUGUCAUGCUGUCAGGGGAAUCUGUGUAACGGUGCUAAGAGCAUCACACAGAAUCUCAUCUUUCUCUUAUGGCCGCUCUUCUUCUACAUCCUGAUCCACUGAAUUCAGCAGAACUUCACUCUCUACAGCAGUAAUGUGAGAUAUUGUGGUGGGAUUAGUAAAAAAAUAUUAUGAUUAUGCAGCUUAUGCAGUAUGUGACAUAUUUUGUAUUAAAAAACAAUGUUUUAUUUAAUAUAGCUUAAUUUUUAUUGUAUUUUGUGGUUUUAUAUUGUUAGAAAAAAUAUAUACUGGAAAUAGAGAAAAACAUGAAA